AUGAAAUCCUCAAAUUUAAAUUUAAAAAAAACAUAAAUAAGAAGAUAAAUACGGAGUAUUCAUUUUUUUACGGCAUCUUUUUUUUAUAAUUUCUUUUAUAAAGUAACAACUAAAAUUGUUAUGAAGCAAACCAGAAUAUUUAAAAUAUCAGGUACAAACUAAUAUCCUUCCAGAUCAAAUAUGAAAAUAAAGAAUCUAGUAUCUAAUUUAAAACAAUAAAGAAACAAUACCAAUUAAAUCUUAUAGACACUUGUGAACAUAAUAAGCACUAGAAAAAAAAAUCAGAUAUAAUCAGAAAAAAUAAUUUAAAUAUAGCAUUUAAUGCUUUAAUAAUAAAUACUCAUAAUUAAAUAUCAAUGA